CGUCGAGAUGCGCAUGGCACGUAGCCUCAACUUAGCGAAGUUUACCGCAUUGGAACGUCUUACCAUCGGCUAUGUACGGGAUGGAGAGCUACCGCUGGAGGACGUAGCCAUACCCCCCGCACUGCAGAUUCUGGUCGUGCACUGGUGGGACGACGACCACUCGCGCAAACUGACCAAAGUCGAGUUUUCCUUCAGCAGCGAGGCGGUGAUGGAAGAUUUCCUGAGGCACGAAGCGAGCGCGGAGGUUGCCAAAUUGCCAAAGGAUGGUCGGUUGACAGUGUCCAUACUGGGUCCGGCGCAACCAAGCUUGGUAGGCCUGUGCAAUGACCGGGGCAUCCAGCUGUUCGUAUCUCCAAGGGUCAGCGGAGAACCUACAACCGGAAACAUCGGCCUUCAAAGCCACGUCCUCCGUUGGACUUCCGCUCACAUCUCUAUUGUAUGACUACUGCACAUACUCUCGUCGAUUUAUGAGCUU